AUGAAAAAGAAGAACACCGAAAGAGAAGAAGCAUCAGUAGAGGAUAUUAGAGAGAGACUGUUACAGGCUGAGAGACGCCGCAAACAAUUGGAGGACGAAAGAAUUGUUAAGGUCAGGAAAAUGAUGAAGACAGAAUCUCCUGAAACUGUCCAGGCUUACAUAGCCGAAAGGAAAGCACUGGAAGAUAUCCAAACUAAAAAGAUGGAAGAUGCCGUUGCCUCCAGACAAUUGCGAUUGCGCAGCAUACGAGAUAGAAUGAGAGAAAAGGACAACCAUGCAAGGUCUGUGAGGCAACGGAGGCUUGUAAGCCUGGACAGUAUGGGUGAGGCACCCAGAGAAGAACGGCAAUACUCAUUCUACACAAGCAACGAGUAAUUUCACCCAUCAUAUUCUCGAUGUCUUUCGAUUAAUGUCAUAAAGAUCAGUUGGAAGACUUAAUCUUUGUAUUGAACUUGGAACCUUGAUACACAAGCUGUUAUUUGCCUAUAGAAUGUCUAUCAAACGAUCUUCCUUUUACAUUUUGUACAAAAAUGGCUAUAAAUUUAGCAUUGUUGUGAGAAUAUAUUGUGUAUAGUUUAGGUUAUGUUUGUCAUAUAAAUUUAGAAUGAUGAUUGAAAGUAUGGUAAUGGGUGAAUGAAGGGUGUUGUGAGAAUAUAUUGUGUAUAGUUUAGGUUAUGGUUGUUAUAUAAAUUUAGAAUGAUGAUUGAAAGUAUGGUACUGGGUGAAUGAAGGGUGUUGUGAGA